GAAACACGUAUAUCAAAAUUCAUUAAUGGGUGGUAUGUAUAGGACUCCAUUACUAAUGGAAUGUAGAUUCGAAAUACAUUUUAGCGCUCGAGUCAGAAUCAAUUUAUUUUGAAAACAGACACUAAGGAGCCAUAUUGCUUUUACAUGGGAUCAUUUGAUCUCGCGCUGGACGAAGUCAUACUUGGGAUAGGAAAAUGAUAUGUGAUGACUAACUGAAAUUUGAAAGUCAUCAACUCAGACUCGUUUUGGUUUGCUCUGCGUGACGUGCUCUAAUUAAAAAAUAAAUGUAAAUACGACUUAAACGAGAUGAUUCAUGAAUGUAGAAGCUAACUACGUAAGCAGAUCAUUAGAUAGUCACAGAACUCAACCUGUUCGCGCUCGGCCAAUAGUUUGAGUGAGCAGAACUAAUUUAACUUGAACGAAUGAACCGAGCUGACAUGAAAAUUGCAUGAGCAGAACUGACUUAACUGAUAAGCUGCUUGCUUCGACGUCCAGCACUACAGGAUCAAGUGGAGCUGGGGAAGGUUGUUGAACAGUUGCUCUUGCGUGAAGCCCACCUCCAUUGAUGCAGUAUUGGCUUGCAGAAGCAACAUAUCAAGGCAGUCGUCGAUGGGUGGACGUCCCUCAAGUCAUGGCCGACAGUUCAGUUUCAACACGUAGGUCGUGCUUCGCUAAUCUUUAAACACUGCAUCGAGCUCCAUAAUUGAAAGUAUUAAAAUUUACGAGAUUACGUCUUAAUGCUUUGAACCACUUGAAAGAUCCACUUCUACGUCACCGCCCAUUUUUUUUUCUCGAAACAAAUUAUGUCUACCAUUCUGGUUUAAAUUUUCACAAAAAAUAGCAGAAUAUCGGAAUACAUGUCCAAGCUCUACACUUUGACCAAAAAAAAAAUCUGACAAUUCCAAUUUUUCAGUCUAUCCUUCUUUAUAUUUCAUUAAAUGUAAUUUAAUAAAUCGGAAGGAGGAUGUGUUUCACCAAGGCAGUUGAGUAUCGGACAUGGAUUGUUGGUGACGGCACUCAACUGAUCUGCCUUCUCCUUUUGCAGACGCACUCAUGUGUGCCAAGAGCCGUGGGUCCCGCCAGCUUAUGUGAAGGGCGGAAUUGGUGCUUCGCAGCUUGCUUGGGGCAAGUUGCCGACGCGAGUAACAGAAACCGUGGCCACGACCAAGAUAACGAUGGCGUUAAUGCUAUCCUCCACUUCCUUUCCGCUACUGCUUCUCGCCCUUCUGUCCCCUGCAACAGCCACCGUUGGCAAAGCUUCGGAGGAUUAUGACCAGAAGUCGCCGGUUGUCGACCAACAAACCAACUUCCUGGUAGCGCGAUCGACGUGCUCGGAGACUCUGUACCGGGACGUCUGCGUCGACACGCUCACUUCCUUCCUGGAGGACCUCAGGCGGAAGACCAUCCCCGAGAUCGUAGCCCGCACCAUAAAGCACGUCCGGGAGAGGGUGGAGAAGUCUUCCUCUCGGGCGUCCUGGCUGUCCAGGAAGACGAGCAGCCCCUGCGAGCUGAUGGCGCUCGAGGAUUGCCGGCAGCUCUUCCACCGGACGCUGCAGGAGCUGGACGCCACGCUCGAGGACCUGCAUAACACCAACGUGGUGAGUUCGAAGGCGGCCGACGUGAACACGUUGUUGAGCGCCGCCACCACCAACCAGUACACGUGCCUCGACGGCUUCUCACACUGCGACGGCUGGGUGAGGUCGCGCAUAGAGAAGGGCUUCUACAACAUCUCCAGGUUGGUCAGCAACUCGUUUGCGAUCGCCAAGAAGAUCGAUCCCACGAAGGAGAGGAGAGCGGUCGAAUCCGGCGAGGCGUUCCCGAAGUACGGCGGCAUGAAGCACGGCUUCCACAGGUGGGUGUCCGCCGACGACCGAAGGCUCCUGCAGGCCAACGUCAGCCGCGCCGUGGCGGACUUGGUGGUGGCGAAGGACGGGAACGGCCACUUCACCACCAUAUCGGAGGGCGGUGUCGGCGGCGCCGAACAAGAGCACGACUAGGUUCGUGAUCUACAAGGCCGGGGGCUACUUCGAGAAUGUGGAGGUGCCUAGCUACAGGCCGAACCUAAUGUUCAUCGGAGAAGGAAUGUGGAAGAUGGUGGUGAAGGCCAAUCGGAGCGUUCGGGACGGCUGGACUACCUUCCGCUCCGCCACUGUCGGAGACCCAAUCCCCAACAGAAGAAGGUGCUUACAGCGCAAGGGAGGACGGACCCGAACCAGAACACUGUGACACUCCUAUUGAAGUGACGGGAAAAGCAUUGCCACCUUUUGCUGGGGUCCAAUCUGGCCGUAGACGUUGCAGACUCAGCGCUAUCAAGUUUGUAUCUCUUUCUGCCUUUCUCUAUAUCGUUAUGGCAUUAAUCACACCUUCUUUCCUCCUACAUGAGAGUGGAGGCGUGAAGCUUCUGCACGGGGGAAAAAAUGGCGUCUCAGCUAGCUCUUGUGCUCCUCUUAUUCUCAGCCCUUCUUCUUCCUUCUUCCAUGGCAUCAUCCGGCAGCGAUGUGCACUACGAGGUGGCCAAGUCCGCUUGUGAAGGAACGCCGCACCAUGAGCUGUGCGUCUCCACGCACGCCUCCUUCGACGGCCUCGCCUCCAUGUCCACCCCUAAGAUCAUGGAGCGCCUCGUCAAGGAGAUCGCCAAGGACGUGGAUGUCUCCUGCUCCAACACUACAGCCAUCGCUAAACUGCGAGAGCUCAGGAAGAUAGACAAGGAAGUCCUCGUCGGAUGACCGGCUGCCUGCCACUUAGAACCCUUACUACAUUUUUGCAUUGCUUAAUUGAAACAAAAACAAAUGGCACACCAUUUGGAGAAUUUGGCUGUUUACGUUUUGAUGGGUCAUUUACAACUUCAAAAAUGAUAUUAUUUAUAGAAACGAAGCGGUCUCAGUUGAACACAGGCUUCCUCCAUUUUAUAUGAUAUCUGGUUAAUUUCUCGUAACUUAUUGAGAAAUACUGAUGCCUUCAAUAUCAUACAA